GGAGCGGAAUAGAGAUAUUGCAGUGUCGUUGGGCAGAUCCAGGUCGCCUUGGAGGUGGCGGGAAGCGCUCGUUUCUUGUGGGCAUAGCAUCAUCCCGAAUAAUCGAUGCAUCCUAAGAAGUGACAGGCGCCGACUUUUGGCGCCACUUGCCUCACCGGACUGACGAUGGCCAAUGAGGCAAGAUCGCUGGAAUGCAACCCAAUUUCUGCUUUGCUCGAUAUCCAGGGCACUCCUCUCCCAGUGAAUAAUCUGUCCUGCCGUCGCGGUCAAUUUCCUGGAUACCGCCAGCAGGGUUUGCCUGUUUCCAGAGCCCCCACGCAGGCACCAAUCGAUGAUAACCGAGACUAUUGCCAUCGGCUUUGGAAUGGAUCUCGAUCAAAUCAACGACUUGGAGAUCGAUCGCGACCGUUAUCUCGAAGAAGAACUAGCAUUAGCACGUCUAUCCACGAACCAGUCGACAAGCCAGCGGCUACUCGCCGACAGCGGUCCCGCUGCUCCCGAUGACGAUGAAGAUGAAGAUGCGCCCCAGGACGCUGAGCAGGAAGACCCUCAAGGGCGGUCAAGCUCAAGCCAGAGCGCAUCCCAGUCGCGAGGGCACUCAGGCUCCAAGCUGCUCGUCAACAAUGGGGGCCAGAGUGUCCAGUCGGGCCUGCUGCGAUCGACCGCCGGGGUGGCCUCGGCCAACUACCCCGUCGAUGAAUAUCAGGAAGAUGCGGCUGCCUAUCUCGAAACCCAUGUGUUUCCCACGCUCUUCCAGGGCAUCGAGAGGCUUCUCAAGACCGUCAAGAAGAAGGACGGCGGGCUGGACGAGGAGCUGGAUCCGCUGCAGUGGCUUGGAGUGUUCCUCUACAAGUACAAUCCGGCGCCAUCUGGCGACCGCCAGCAUCUAGAGCAGUUUGCUUCGAUGUAUCCCAUCCCUGAGCUGACUGGAGUGCCGGCCCCGGCACCGACAGGAACGGCACAGGUCGUGGCCCCGAAAUAG